AUGUCUCGGCUGAAAGACCCAGAUCGCCUGGCUGCGCCAAUUACCCAUGUCGGGCACGUCAAUGCAGUUUAUGCUGUUGCAUUUUCUCCGGAUGGGAAGUCGGUGUCCUCCGGCUCCAUGGACCGAACGGUACGAAUUUGGGAUACCUCUAGUCCAGCCCCAAAGGGUGAACCAUAUACGGGACAUACUCGUGGUGUUUCUUCCGUUUCCUAUUCUCCUGCUGGGGACCUGAUUGUUUCUGGGUCCCAUGAUCAAAGUAUUCGUUUAUGGGAUACGGAUACUGGAGAGCAAGUGGGAGAUCCGCUUCAUGGCCAUGCUGGUGCUAUCAAUGCAGUUGCAUUUUCCUCUUCCGGCAAAUUUAUCGUCUCAGGUUCCAACGAUAACUUUGUCCGAGUAUGGGAUAUACAGAACAGAACAUCUUCUAAUUCAUUUUCUGGGCAUUAUGGUCGAGUCAACUCUGUUGGAUUCUCUCCAGAUGGUGUCUACGUGAUAUCUGGCUCCGACGACACAACACUUCGCGCCUGGGAUAUUGAACGGGUGGCAAACGCGAGGUCAUUCCGCGGUCAUACUGGCCCAAUCCGAUCAAUCACAUACUCUCCUGAUGGUUCACAUAUUGCAUCUGCUUCCUGCGAUAAUACUAUUCGCUCGAAUGACGGCAAGGUCAUCGUUUGGAACCUAUUCGAAUACGAUUUGAACGAAAAGCGUGAAAAUGAGACUCCUGUUAGGAACCACGACGAAUCUCCAAAGGAAAAUAAGAGGGAAAUCAGUCGAUAUACGCCCAUUGAAGAAACAUUUAAUCUCUUGUUAAAACACGGCUGUAUCGAUCUGACAUCGCAAAUGGAAUCUGGGCGAGAUUCCAGUGUCAUGAUCGGUGGGGGAGGAUUCGGGGAUAUUUGGACAAGUAGGCUGCGUAGUGGAGGGAAAGUAGCAAUCAAGGUGUGGCGAGGGUCGUCAAUUGAGCAAUGUGAGGACAAAGCCCUCAAGCGCGCAACGAGGGAGGUUUAUCACUGGUCGAGAAUGAAACAUCAGCAUGUGCAUCAGCUUCUGGGCGUCAUAAUUUUCAGGGAUCAGCACCUAGGAAUGGUUUCUGAAUGGAUGGAAAACGGAAACCUUCAUGAAUAUAUGCGCAAGGAACCUACCCUUGACCGCUAUGAGAUGUGUAGGUCAAUUGCAUCAGGUUUAGCAUAUAUGCAUGAAUGUGACGCGCUAAACGUUCUUAUAUCUUCUGAUGGACUAGCGAAACUUGCAGACUUUGGACUAUCGACCAUAUCAGAAACUAGCCUUGGCUUUUCGGAUACUAGUAACUCACGAAUUGGGUCUACGCGAUGGGCUGCACCAGAACUACUCUUUGAUGAUGCACAGAGAAGCAAAGAAUCGGAUAUAUACGCGUUGGGAAUGACUAUGCUUGAAGUCAUCACUGGAGAAGUACCGUACCCGCAAUGCCAAACUGAGUAUCGGGUGAUUGUCAAAGUGAUGGAAGGAACGCAGCCCCCACGUCCAACAGCCCAGCUCAAGGACGAUGGCCGUGGAGAUCGAAUGUGGAGCUUACUUCUCAGCUGCUGGGACAAGGACCCUGGAGCCCGACCGUCAGCGCGGCAAGUGCUUGAAACUUUACGGUCGAUACAAGCUCCACUCAAGUGA